AUGGUUAAAGAGAUUACGGAGUAUGUAACAGGAGAGGAGGUCGGGACUAUACAUGUUUAUGAAAUGGCUGGUUUCGGCAAGACAGCAGUUGUGUCGGAAGUUAAUGACCUCAUACUGAAUGACUACAGAAGUUGUGGUCCAGAAGAGAAAUUACAAAUUGAUCUGAAUAAAGCCACUGGGAGUAGAGCAGACACAUUGGCAAGUGCAUGGAAGGAGUUAAGAUUUUUGAUCAUUUUGGAUGAUAUGUGGAAGAAGCUGUCUCUUGAGCUAAUUUGGAUUCCAGUGCCAACAAGGGAAAAUGGCUGCAAGGUUAUAAUAGUAUCCAGAUCACUUCCAGUGUUCAAUGACAUCAAAAUUGACAAGAAGUUUGAGAUCAAACCUCUUUCAGAUACAGCGGCACGAGAAUUGUUUGAGAGGGAAGCUGGCAUUAGAUUCUCAGACCUGAGGGAUGAUACUCGAACUAUGGCAGAGAAGAUGGUAGAUGAGUGUGAUGGUUUGCCCUUGGCUAUUGGCUUUCUGGCACAGACCUUGAAAGAAUUAAAAAUUGAUGCUGACAGUGUUGAUGCUGCAUGGAAUGCAGCCCUUUUGAAGUUACAGAGUUCUCACUUGGUUAAAGCAUGA